GCUACUUUUUCCAUUUAAAAUUUCAAAUUCAAAUGGCUUGAGCUGAGCGUUGAGAAAAAAGCCAUAUAGAUAAUCUCACAAUCAUAAGUAAAGAAAGAGCAAAAGAGUUGUAAAGUUUGGAACUUUGGGAGUUUCUCUUAUCUUACUUACCAAUGGGAGAAACAACUUGUCUCAUGCAUGUGCAACAGCCAUUCUCUUACGUUUCAGACCUUCCCAAUGAGCCCAAUGAGGGAAAUCCCAUUCAUGGACUUGGGCAAUCAGUAUCUUUUGGAAGGUUCAUGUCAGAGUCGUUGGCGUGGGAAAAAUGGUCGACCUUCUCUCACAACCGCUACGUCGAAGAGGCGGAGAGGUACUCACGGCCGGGCUCGGUGGCGCAGAAGAAAGCCUUCUUCGAAGCUCAUUACAAGAACCUCGCCGCUCGAAAAGCGGCUGCCUUGUUGGAACAGGCCAAUGCUGCUGCUUCUGCUUCUUCAGAUCAAAACAGCACAGCUCAAGAUUCGGAUAAGCCGGUUUCAAACUCUGAAGUCCCCGUCGAUGAACACGAAUUAUCGGUCGAAAGUAGGGCUGUUGAUCAUGCAAAUGAUGCUAAAAUGGAUGAUUCUGAGCAACCAGUUUCCGUUGAGAAUGUUAAAAAGGUUGAGUUUUUAAGAGACUUGAAUGAGAGGACAGCAAAAAUGGAAAAAUCUGUGUCAAAGAAAGAUCAAGAAAAGAAGAAGAUAACGGUUUCUUCUUCAUCAAAGUCAUCAACAACAAAAUCUGCAGUUUCCGCAAAAUCAUCAGCAAAAUCUGCAGCUCCUAAUGCCACUCCAUUAAGCAAAAAGCCUUUAUUAGAGUCAGCGGAUAAGAAGAGAUCAACACCAAAAUCACUUCAUAAUAAGGCAGUUAAUUUCACUCCCAUUAGAGAGAUUAAUAGAUUAACGUCAACUGUCAUUAGAAAGAUUGAUAAUUCCAGAUUUGGGACCACUUCGUCCAAGCCUACUAAAGAUUAUUGUUCCACUCCUUUAAGGACCCCAAUUACGGUGUCUAAGAAUGGGACAAGUCAGCAGACCCCAUGUUCUGCAAAUAGAAGGGCUACAACACCAGUUAAUAAUCCCUCAGCCUCUGGAAGAACAGGACCAAGAUGGCGCUUGCUUGCAACAGAUUGUUCAAAGUUUUUGAGUGCUUGCAAAAACAAAACGCGCUCCCCAUUCUCCUACACCCCUUUCAGCUUGAGAACUGAAGAGAGAGCUGCCAAAAGAAAGGAGAAACUUGAAGAGAAGUUCAAUUCCAACGGGGCACAAAAAGAUCAGCUAAAGACACAAGUCAAGGAAAAACCAGAAACAGAAACUGGAAUAUUGCGUCCAGGUUUUUGCUUUAAAGCCAGGCCACUGCCCGACUUCUAUAAGCAAAGAAAAGCAGCAGAGAACGACGAUAUAAAGAAGGUUCCACUUACUCAUCCUCAAUCACCAAAGCUAGAAAGCAAGUUCACUCCCAGUAGAGUUGAGAGCAGAAACCCUCAAACUCCUAAAAGGCCACCAGUGAAGAACAAUGGCCCCAAGCAGGUCCAGGGAAAGAAUGCUCGAAGCCCUACUUGUUCUCUCAUUUCAAGAGCCACAAGGACCACAACUAUAACUCAUGAGAACAGAUCUCCAAAUAUUCAGCAUGGUUAGUUAGUUAACCGAGCGGAGAAAUCUUUAAGUCUGCGUCGAAAACAGAACGUUUUCUUCAGAGAUUAGAAUUAGAGUUAGAUCUAUUCAUAAAUUCGUUCCAAGUUCCACUUUGUAACUAGUAUUCUGUAGAAUAAUCUUGUUGAUGUAAGACUUGAAUCCUUGGAUAUGAACUGUGAUGUGCUUUUUUUACUGGUAAUA